UCUAUUUAUCGACUAUCUCCUCAGUAGCCACUUCUCCACGACCCACUCACGACCUUACUACCCCUAAUACAGAUUGUUAUAUACAACGUGAGUCAUUGCUAUAUAGUUAGCUGCCAAAUCUACCUAGUACAGCCGACAAGGCUGUAGGCAAGAAAGGGGUUGAGCCUUGCUAUUCUCUCGAAAUACAAGAGAACACCCUGAGAGACCAGAGCAUUCUCACAUAUUCUGUCCAUCCUCACUGCCCCUCACACCCCCACUAUACAUCCAGUACCCAACAUCAUCAAGGACUCAGACCUGACCUUGUGUUUUAAAAGACAGCCCAGAAGCGGCCACAUCAUCUCCCAAAGAGCAUCAACCAGCCAACUUCCUGGACCGCCAACUCUAAACCAACAUGGCGUUCCAACCCACCCCGACGGACAUCUCCGUCAUGAUCACAACACCAGCCGCCAACGCGACUGAUCGCCCGCAGUUCAUCACCGAGCGCCGUGUCACCCCAACAUGGACAGUCACGCAGCUCAAAGGCAAACUGGAGACCAUGACAGGGAUUCCGCCCGGAUGCCAACGACUGCGGCUCAAGACGCCGGGACAUCCGGACCAAUGGCUUGACGCGGAGGACUCCAGUGUUGGUAACUACGGCCUGAACAAGGGGUCUGAGAUCGAAGUCCACGACUCCCGUCCUCAGGGCGCGCGCCCAAACUUCACGGACCUCUCCUCCGUGGAGAAGUACACUCUCCCGGAGUCGACCUACGAGACUCUUCCUAACUCUGUCCUCGCGUGGAAAAAGAACCAGAAGCUCGGCCGCUUUGACCCUAAUGCUUCGUCCCCGGAGGAGUCGAUGCAAGCGCAGGCACAAAAGGACGCUGAGGACGUCCAACAAAGAAACAUCACCACCUCCAAACGCGCAAUCAUCCUCCCCUCCUCCCCGCCACACAUCCGCCGCGGCACCAUUCAAUUCGUGGGCCCCGUCCCCACGAUCCCGUUCCCCGGCGUAGAAACCGACGCGCAGGUGCCGUCCAGUGCGCGCCCAAUCUGGGUCGGAAUCGAGCUGGAUGAGCCGACGGGGAAGAACGACGGGAGCGUAGGCGGCGAGCGCUACUUCACGUGCCCGCCUAAGACGGGCGUUUUCGUCAAGCCGGAGAAAGUCCAGGUUGGUGAUUUUCCGCCUCUGAGUCUUGAUGAUGAGUUGGAUGAGUUGGAGGAGAUUUAGGGGGAUGUGAUUGGG